AGCGUGCAGUGCGGCGCGGCCCUUGUGGCCGGCCGGCCGGGGUCACCGGCGCUCAGACCUCAGUCGGAGCAGAAAGGAGUGGAGCAGGUGGUGGCUAUGCUGUGGGUCCCGUGCUGGCGUGUCGGAGCGCGGCUGCGUGGCUUGCGCGGCGGGCUCCAGGCCCCCGCCGAAAGCGGCCGGCGGGGCGUGGUCUCCUGCAUCGACCCUUCUACGGGACUAAACGAAGAGCAGAAAGAGUUCCAGAAAGUGGCCUUCAACUUUGCUGCCCGGGAGAUGGCGCCAAACAUGGCAGAGUGGGACCAGAAGGAGCUGUUCCCAGUGGACGUGAUGCGGAAGGCAGCCCAGCUGGGCUUCGGGGGGAUUUACGUACGAACAGAUGUAGGAGGGUCUGGACUGUCACGGCUCGACACCUCUGUCAUCUUUGAAGCCUUGGCCACAGGCUGUACCAGCACCACGGCCUACAUAAGCAUCCACAACAUGUGUGCCUGGAUGAUCGAUACCUUUGGAAGUGAGGAGCAGAGGCACAGGUUUUGCCCUCCGCUCUGUACCAUGGAGAAGUUUGCUUCCUACUGCCUCACUGAGCCAGGCAGCGGGAGUGAUGCCGCCUCCCUCCUGACCUCUGCCAAGCGACGAGGAGAUCACUACGUGCUCAGUGGCUCCAAGGCCUUCAUCAGCGGUGGAGGUGAGGCAGACAUCUAUGUGGUCAUGUGCCGGACAGGGGGACCAGGCCCCAAAGGCAUCUCGUGCAUAGUUGUCGAGAAGGGGACCCCUGGCCUCAGCUUUGGCAAGAAGGAGAGAAAGGUGGGGUGGAACUCACAGCCGACGCGAGCGGUGAUCUUUGAAGACUGUGCUGUCCCCGUGGCCAACAGGAUCGGGGACGAGGGCCAGGGCUUCCUCAUUGCCAUGAGAGGCCUGAACGGGGGGAGGAUCAAUGUCGCGUCCUGCUCUCUGGGCGCUGCUUACGCUUCGGUCAUCCUCACCCGAGACCACCUCAAGGUCCGGAAGCAGUUUGGAGAGCCCUUGGCCAGUAACCAGUACCUGCAGUUCAAACUGGCAGAUAUGGUGGCCAGGCUGGUGGCCUCACGGCUGAUGAUCCGCAACGCAGCCGUGGCUCUACAGGAGGAACGGGAGGAUGCGGUGGCCCUGUGCUCCAUGGCCAAGCUCUUCGCUACAGACGAGUGCUUUGCGGUGAGUGGAGACGCGCUCUGCCUCUCCCGGGUGGCCGGCCUGUGGCGGGCCAUCCGUCCGCUCCUGGAACGCUGCAUCUGCAACCAGGCCCUGCAGAUGCACGGGGGCUACGGCUACCUGAAGGACUGCGCGGUCCAGCAGUACAUGCGGGACUCCAGGGUCCAUCAGAUCCUCGAAGGCAGCAACGAAGUGAUGCGGAUACUGAUCUCAAGAAGCCUGCUGCAGGAGUAGCCCCGGGACUGAGGCUUCGAUGGGAGGGUCAGUGUCGAGUGCUUCCACGUGGACGGCGCUGUCACAGUGAGUCCAGGACGCGCUGGAGGGGCUGUGCUUGUCCAGGGCACCAUCACAGCGUCAGCUGGAGGGCGGCACCUGGAGGACGGCAGGAGCUGCCCUGGCUGGAACGUUACAAGAAGACGUGCCGCCUUGUUUUCCUGACGCAGAGGGUGACCGGUAAACACUGACCACCAAACCACUGUCCUUUCCUGGGUCCACAGGGUCUUGAUUUGUCUGCAUUUCGCUGGUUCACCAGAUCCCUCUUCUGGGAAUCUGGGUACUUCUGCUGAGGGUUUUUCCUGACUGUAAAGCAA